AUGGGGCAUCUAGAGGCUGUUGCGAACGAAGUGAUCCAAAAGCAUCUGAAGGACCCGUUUGAUUACGAAAAAGUGCAGUUUGAGGUUCUCUCCACGAUUAGGUACGACCCUCUGCUGUAUUCUGGAAGAUUGAGCUUACCUGAAGCUCUCGUCUGUUCUCCUCUCGACCAGUCGUUUUUCUUGUUCUUGGACUACCAUGUCGACAGGUUAAACGAAACUGCCGAAUUUUUUGAGCUUCCCGUCCAAAAGCUCAACUCAUCGCUGCUGGUAGCUCAGCUGUCUCAAGCACUCGACGAUAAAGAUGUGUACCGUGCUCACAAAAUGCGCUAUCUUUUGAACAAACAGGGACACGUUGAGAUACAGGCUAUUCCGAUAAACUCUCCGCUGAAUCUGGAUAUCAAUUGCCCUCCAACUUGGACGGUAUACUUGGAUUCUGAACCAACAAUAAUUUCUCCGUUUACCUCCUUCAAAUCCACUUAUCGCGAUCAUUACACGGAAGCCCGCAAACGCAAAGUCCCUCCUGGCGUAGAACACACCGAUGUGCUGCUAUUCAACCACGCUGAUCAGAUCACCGAGACGUCUAUCUGCAAUAUAGCUGUGCUCCGCAACGAUAAAAAUCCUCUGACGGGUGAGAUCAUUACCAGGUGGACUACGCCCUCGCUUUCAUCAGGCUGUCUCUGUGGCGUUACUAGGAGAUACCUGCUGGAAAAGGGCCUCAUAUGCGAAGGGGUGAUCAUGAAAAGCAGCAUAAAAAACGGCGAGCAGGCUUUGCUAUUCAACGGCAUCAUGGGUGUAGCCAAAGCCGUGAUACUGCUAUAA